UGCGUUGCUACGAAACCUCGGUCGCCAGGUUACGCUGUUGCGAGCGCGUACGUUCUUUUUUUUCUUUGGUGAAUACCGUUGACGCCCACUCGAGGUAUUGCUCAUUUUGCGGAGGGGCAGUUCCAUUCAUAGGGCUGAAAGGCAGGCAGGCAAACAGCCGGAGCGGCCGAGCACCCGACAGCGACGUAGUGUGUGAGCUAACUGAUGGUGUCUCACUGACGAAAAGACAAAAAAAAACACCAGGCCAGGUUCCGCCCGCGCUGCUGUCACCGCCCGCCGUCUCCACACCGGACGUACGCCGAGCCACAGCCGAAGCCUUCCUCUCGGAAAUGGAUUCUGCGUCGUCUUGAUUGAAGACUGGAGGUGCUCUUCCCCUCGACCUGUCGCGGAAAUACACGAACUUCCUCGUCGCCUGGUUUCCUCUCGGCUGCCGCAGACCGACCGCCUCCACUCAGCUCAUUCAACCGGGAGCGUCCGCACACCGCCGGCCCCCCACCCGCGACAUCUGGACACAACCGCUCCAUCGUCGCCGCUGAUAACGCAAAAAAAACGUGCCCGUGUGUUGGCCGCUGCUUGCCUGUAUGAUGCCGACACAUCUGCGGUUCCGGAGAAGGUCAUUUGGGCUCAUAUUCCUCUUUUCGCUGUCCACCACCGCAUUGUACUUCAUCUACUCCGCCCCCGGAAUCGUGAAUGAGUACGUGUUCAUGGUCCAAGCCCGAGGGAUCCAGAUCAGAGAAAAUGUGAAAUACAUCGGGUCACAGGUCCUGGAGCAGGUGGUGAGAGGGGCAUACAGCGUCAAUGGCACAGAUUAUUCCUAUGAUUUCAACUUGAGCGAUAGCGAUCCUCCUCCCCCAACAUACCUCCCUGAGGGCUUCACCUACCUCCCCUCUGAGGUUUGUCCUGACAGGCUUCCCUCCAUGAAGGGCAGGUUGCAGGUGAACAUGAGUGAGGUGUCGCUGGAGGAGGUGGAAAGAUCCUUGCUAGAGAAGGAGCCAAGCAUUGCCCUAGGAGGCUACUGGAAGCCCCACGAUUGUUUACCUCGCUGGAAGGUGGCAAUCCUCGUCCCAUUUAGAAACAGACACGAACACUUACCAAUCCUCCUGAGACACCUGGUGCCAGUGCUGCAGAAACAGAGACUCCAGUUUGCCUUUUAUGUCGUAGAGCAGGGGGGCACGGAGCCAUUUAACCGAGCCAUGUUGUUCAACGUGGGCUACAAGGAGGCUAUGAAGGACCUGGACUGGGACUGUCUCGUCUUCCACGACGUGGACCACCUCAUGGAGAACGACAGGAACUACUACGGCUGCACUGGCAUGCCCCGUCACUUUGCGGUCAAGCUCGACAAGUACUCUUACAUGCUUCCAUAUAAUGAGUUCUUCGGCGGUGUCAGUGGCAUGACGGCGAAGCAGCUCAAGAAGAUUAAUGGAUUUCCUAAUGCGUUCUGGGGCUGGGGAGGAGAGGACGAUGACCUCUGGAAUAGGGUGCAGUUUGCCAAUUUCACAGUAAGUAGACCGCGCGGAGAGCAGGGGCGCUACAUGUCCAUUCCACACCACCAUCGCGGGGAAGUCCAGUUCCUAGGAAGGUAUAGUCUACUACGCCACUCAAAGGAGAGACAGAAAGUGGAUGGUCUUAACAACCUAAACUACUCCCCCUCGUUGUCCAGGAGGCCUCUCUACACCAACAUCACAGUCAGCUUGAGCAGAAAGCUUGCACCCGUAGCCGUCUACUGACGUAGGCACAGCUGGACUGCAGACCACAUGGGAAUCAAAGUCCUCUGGGACAUCAGCCAUAUAUCACCAGUUGCAGUACUGCUUACGACUUUUUGGUUGAUUGAUACUUUGCUUUCUUUCUUUUGUUUGUAUGCAAAAAAAAAAAAAGAAGACUUAAAUAAGUAUGUUGGAUAAAUCAUAUUAGAAAAUAAGGAUAAAUGCUGCGCUACAGUCCAUCACUCCUCUCAUCUGGGCUUAUCUAGUCUUCUCUCUCCACAUGCCUUUUGCACCAUUUUGGCCUUCAGCAUCCAUUCAUUCAUUCAUCCGUUCAUUUUCUGAUUCAGUCGGUCAACGAUGAGUUUGGCCCUUCACUCUUGUGCUCGUUUAUUACAAUAGGCCAUGAUACACACGCUCAUUCAAGUGCAUGCGCACGCACACAAACAGUUUGAUUUGCAUGUGCUGACACGGUCCCUGAGGCUUUGAUUUUUACUUUGCUCUUGCACUUCUUAUUUUACACAACUGCAGUAAACCUGUGAAAACGUGGAAAACAUUCGCACACACACACACACACACACACACACACACACACACACACACACACACACACACACACACACACACACACUCCACAGCUUCUAACCACAUAGCUACUUCAACCGCGUUGAUUCCUGCAGCUGGUUCUGCAGAAGGUAUGCCAAAUCUAUAGCUGAAGAGAGCAAGAGAAAAUAUAUAAAGACUGAGUGCUUUCAUUCAUUUAUAAAUAUAUAUAUCUAUAUAUCUAUAUGAUAUAUAGAUAUAUAUACUGUAUGUAAAAUAAUUUAUCCCAAGUUUGGAGAACAUUAAUUCCUAAUUAAGCAUCUCUUAACAACUAUAGUUUGUCUUGUGAAAAUACCAUUUACAGACUGUGAUGUUUGUGUUUGCAUAGUUGCGUUGGAUGUUCUGGCUGCCUGGAAGUGGCUGUAUGUAGGAAAGCAAUGCUCAUCCUGUUAGCAAUAAGCUGUAAUAGCAGACAGCAGACUUCCUCACUAUACAGAUGCAAUAGCACGGGUGCUAGCAUACCCUCAUUGGACGACAGAGAACGAGUGACUGUGUAUGCAAACUUCACAUUCAACACACCUUUGCCUAAGCAAACAUGCCACCCUUUUCAGUACCGUGUGUGUAUGUGUGUGCGUGUGUGUGAUUAAAAGUGAGGGAGAGCUAUGCAAAUGGCCUGUGUGUAGUCUGUUGUCAGUGCGAGGUCUUCAGGGUGACUUCCAGGAGUCUUCACCCCUGAAACUGUGACCGACUUGACUCGAGACCUCACAUUUGUGUGCGGAGUGGAAGUCCAGGCCAGGGAAAGAUAAACUGUCGCCUUUUUUUUCUCUUUACUUUAGUUCCAACAUCCUCGAUGUUUACUCACCUUCAUUUUUACAGAAGAGGAUUGGAGGUAGAAAAUACUUGAUUGCUGUCACUGUCACUGGUGUUUACAGAAGCUUUUUUCUUUGUUAUUUUUCAGAUUGUCUUGUGUUUGUAUAUGACGUCAGCCAGCCCUCCUUCACUGUGGGUGCUGUGAAAUCUCUUCAGUAAUGUAUCUAUGGCUGCCUUUGUUUUUUAUUUUAACUGGCACUUCUUUAUCGUGACUUGGAAUUGGGGAGAUAAAAAGCAGAGCUCAAUGCUUAUCUGAGACAUCAGGUGAUUAUCCCUGGUAGCUUGUAGGCAUGUUUUGUGAAUCAGACUCAACGUAGUGGUGGCCUCAGCAGAGUUUUUGUCGCAUGGCAUGAAACCUAUCUGUGCACAGACUGACAACGCUAUGGCAGUUUGCAGCCGUUGCUAACAUUUUCCUCCCUGAUUCCUGUGUUUGACAGUGUUGAUUUCGAGUAAAAAUAUCCCAAUACUGUACACGUAGUUCCUCAAAAGAAAAAAAAAAAGCAACACACAUACAUAUACACACAUACAGACACUCUUUCCUCACUGGCUGUCCUAGUCAUGCAGCUACUUCAUUUCACACAAAUCGCCUUGUAUGCAUUUCUUAAGAUGUAUCUAUUUGGGGAAAAUGUGGGUGUUUGACAAACUGUUGUGUUCCCACAGUGAAAAAAAAAAAAAAGAAGCAAAGAGGCUGGACCUCUUUUUAUUUAUUUGAUCUUUUAUGGAUUAUUUUCUGGAAUUGUUCAGUUUUUAUUUUUCUUGCGAUUGAUGUGAUGAUUUAGUAGGUGACAAACUGUAUGACAGUGUUAGAUGCACUGAAACCUGUAGUAAUGUGUAUACGUGUGGGAUCGUGAGGUUCGGGUCUGUGUAAACUGGGAACAGUCGCGUUUCAUCCAGACGCAGGUUUUCCUCUUCAGAUGUGAUGGAGGGGUGGGGCUCGUUUUCGAUGAAACGGAACGGUGUGUAUUAAUCUGCUGAACAGACACGUUGGAGGAGGCCAUUUUGUGUGACAACCACAGGAAGAGAAAGACGCCUAAUCAGAAAAUGCUAGUGGUCACUGUCUUUCACUGGGCGCCGCCUUUAUUCUAAUUGAUAAUCAAUGGUGCUGACCUUCCAGAGCUCUUGUUGAAGCGGAGUCUCUAUCUACGUGCUUACUGGAACCAACCCGGACAUAAAGACUAGUAUCUACAGGCAGAGCAGCCUUGCAGCUUUUACGGCUUUUGCAUUUGAUUCCAAUCUACUCUGAAGUGGCGUAGAUGUUCUGUGUCUUUACAUCAAAACAUGCGUUAAUCCUGAUGCCUUUUCAUCCUGCCAGGUGAAGCUAAUAUGUGUAUUUGUUGCCACAAGCAGAAGCACGCGUUUACCUCCUCGCCAGUCACCCGGGAGGCGCCCAGUGGAAUUCAAGGACAGUGGCAGCGUGUGUGUUUAGUUUUCUUUUCCAUGUGUGUUUGAGUGAAAUGGCUAAACCUGUCCUCCAUCUGGAGUUUGAGUUUGUUUUUUAUUUUGCUUUUUUGUUUUUCCAGCACUGAUAAGAAAAUGAUCUAUGACCUGGUUCUCACAGAACUUGCAGGUUUAUUUUCUAGUUCUCGACACAAACAUGAUUACAUUGUAUACUACCUUUUUGUUUUCAUUGCUUUAAAUUAAAAGCUCGAUGGACGUAUAGCGGAAAAGCCAAAUGGUUUUAGUUUGAGUAUUCAGGUGAAGAUUCAGGCGCAGACGGACCUCUCGAUAUCAGGAGGCCGUCUGGAUGACGUACAGUAGAUAUUCUUGUAGAGUCAGUAUUGAGCUCUAUACUCCAUAAUGUAGAAUGAGCAGCUUAAUCACACCAUGUCCAAAAAAAGGAGGGUUUUCUCCGACUGCUGGACAGCUUUGUCCACUAGAUGGCGUAUUAACAGGAGCAAAUCAGCCUCAUGCGUUUUAUUAAAUACAGGAAAUAUUGUUAGCAUCCUGGCUAGUCUUGUUCCUGUUACAUAUACCAUGUAUGUGAUCUCAGUCCAGAACAAGACCAGGCCUGCUGCUGUCAAACCAUUCUUCAUUGUACCAUAAUCCCACCUGCUCUGAUCCAUUCUGUGCCAGUUUAAAUGAAGGGACCAUUUUUUUUUGGGGCAUCUGACAAGACUGGCAGCCUUAAAGCUUCUUAAUUUAUUGCAGUGUUGUUUAUUUUUCACUCAAGUUGUGUUUUUUUUUAUAAGCAAAAAUAUUUAAAUUGAAAAAAGUGCAUAUCAUCAUAUUGAUCAUUGUAAAUAUUGUUGUGUGUACUGUUUUAGAAAUUCUAUAAGGUCUUAAAUCACUACAGAUGCUAGCGUUAAGAACAAGUUUUGGAGGGGUUUGGCCCGGGGGGCAAAUUAUCUGGUGCCAUUUUUAAGUGCUAGUGAAGCUUACACAGCGACAUCAAUGUUUUUACAUCACCGCUUCCCAGCACAAAAGCCUUUUUUUUCUCCUUCUUUUUUGAAUUAAAAAUAUACUUAUCCCAUGAAUCUUAGAUUCCUCUCACUAUUUCAGACGUGUUCCGCAUUCCGGAGGCCUCCCCGCACUUAGUAUGCUGCAGCGGUAGGAGAGACGUAUCAUAGCAGGACGUUGGCAUCAAUCUUCAGAUGAAAAUCAGUGUCCUUGUAUCUGCAUGUGAAGUCUCUUUGAUAGUGACAGCAGUCGGGGUGAGGUGACGGUCAAAGGAAAGCACUGCAGGAUAGCGAUGUGUCAGCCAAAAACACCAUAUGCUUACAAUGCAAUGAAACAGAGGCACCCAAACCAGCGACAUGAUCUACUCCAAAAUCGACAUAGAUUUUUUUUUUGUAUGAAAGCUAACUACUUUAAAAAAAACAGAAUGCAGAUUGGUAAAUUAAAAGUCUAUACUCUCUGAUUGUAAGGAGAGAAACUCUCCUUGAAUUGAAGCCAUUUGAAGCUACUUGUCAAAACUUGAUGUCAGCCUUACGUGGAUCUGUUUGUGUAUUGGCAUAUUAUCUUUUGAUUAUUGAAAUUUGUAUGAUGGAGAUUUUCUUUUAUACCAUCAUUGUUAUUGUCAAAGUACACCAAUAAAACUUGUAAACAUA